AUUUGAAUCAUGAUUAAAUUGUGAAUUCUUCCAUUUUGUGCAUUUUUGUUCGUGUACAAAACAGAUAGUUAAUGAUUUGAAUUCAUAUAUUAAUUUUAAAAUAUAAUAAUAAUGUUUGAAUAUUCAUAAUUUGUAUUACAACAAUUGAAAAGUGAACUUUCUAUUUCCAUUUAAAUUCAUUUACUUUUAACUUAUUUCUGUAGUUUUCUUUAUUAAUAAUGAGUAAAAGACCUAGAACAGAAUCAUUAGAUGGCCAAGAGGACAUUUGGGGUGCAGAUUUCACAUUUGACGAAGUGAACUCAAUCAACAAUAUUGAAACGCUAGCAUCACAAUCACACUUUGCUGGUAAGUUACCCAACGUUAAAUUCCCAUAGUGUGUAAGUAAUAUAAGUAUUUAUAAACGGCUUGUAUACAAUGUUUUAGUUCCAUCGGCUAAUCCAGCUUAUUUAAAUAACACUAGUGAACAAAAUGACAAUCAAAUGCGAGAAGGGGAAAUUAAAAAUUUAAAAAUGAAAAUAAAACAAUUGGAAAUUCAAUUAAGCAAUGUAAAACAUGAAAAAAGUGAUAAAUUUAAAACCAUGGAAAAAAUGAUUGAUUGUAAAGAUACAGAGCUUAAAUUUCAGGUUAGUUGCAUAAUAAUUUGUAUAAACUUUUUAAUUACUUUUAUUAUUUUGAAUAGAAACAAGAAUUAACAGCUCUUAAAAAUAAGAUUAAGGAAAUGAAUAUUAAUGUAAGCAAAAUUGCUCCCCAGAAAAAUGUGUCAUUUAGUUGUAUGAAAACAGAAAGCAACUCAAAAUUAUUGUAAUAUAUUUUAAAAUAGAAAAAAAUUCCAUAAUUGUUUUUAAUUUUUUCUUAUUAUUAAGACAUAAUGCUUCAGAACAUGGUCUAAAAAAAAAUAUUUCAACUCAAACCAUUACCAAUCAACAUAGUGUAACAAGAAGUGAUUUUCCAGAAACAAAUAAACCCUAUGAAAAAUUGAAAAAGUACUUGUAUACUGACUUAAUUGUUAAUCAAGACAAUGCAAAUGGUAAUAAAAAUAAUUUUAAAUGACUAUAAAUCAUCUAAUUAAAAUGAAACAUUUUUAUUUACAUUCUAUUAGAAGUAAAAAAAUUGAGUACAAUACAAGAAUGUUAUUUAAUUUUAGCCAAUUUGAUGGUUUUAGAAACAUUUGAAGAAAAUAAAUCUUACUCUUUAAUUAAAUUGGUAAACUAUACUAAUAAUUUUACUAAAUUGAUACAUUUUAAAUUUGUUUUAAAUUUUUAUAGUUGUUUGAUAACUGUCAACAUAUUUUAGAAUCGACUAUUAAAACACUCCAAGAGACAAUUGAUGAUACUGAUUUUGUUAAAAGAGAAAAACAAUUAAUUUAUAGCUACUUAAAUUUAAAUAAACAAUGCUCAAAAAUUAGUUCUUUAACGUAUACACAUUAAUUUUAUAUUUUAAUUUCUAAUUAAUAUCAUAUAUUAUAUUAAUGUUUAUAAUAUUUAUUUUUCAGGUUUGAUUUACAAUUUGCUCAUUUAUUAGAGUGCAUAUCAGUAUUAACUACUAUUUCUAAUCUUGUUCCAAAAAUUGUUAUGAACCACACAGUAAAUAUAUUUCGAACAUUUGUUAACUUUUUACAAAUAAUUGGUGUACAAGUAAUUAUUUGUUAAAAAUAAUUUGAUUUGGUUGUCUUAUAAGUAAUUUUAUUUUUCAUAGAGUCGUACUAUGGAAUAUGUUUCUGUAAUUAAAUCACUUAUAAAGUUUAUAACAAAUUUAUGUAAUUGUAAUUGGGAUAUAUCAAAAAAAAAGUAAGUUUAAUAAAAAAACAAGUUAAUAUAUAUAUGUAUAUGUAUAAUUGUGUUGUUUUAAUAUUAUACUUACUUUAGACAGUUGGACAUAUUUGAUAUAAUAAAAGAAAUAGUAUUUUGUCGUCCUUGUAUUGACAUUGUACAAGAGUUAAUACAUUUAUUCAGCAAAAUUGCUAUAUACACAGAGAUAACAGAUAGUCUGUGUCAAUUAUCUUGUAAGUUAAGAAGUUAAAUAUAAUUAAAUUACAUAAAAUUAAAUAAUUAAAUAAUAUUUAAAAUUAACAAAGUCAUUCAGCUAUUUAUAGACAUUUUAAUUUUUCGAGUUUUUUUACAUAAUUUUUAUUUGCUAGGUAUUUUGUGGAUAAAAUUAUUAAACUUAACAUCAAUGCUAAAAAAUUGGGUUUUAUGUAGUAUUUUGAUGAAAAUCAUCAAUAUUAUAGUCUUUUUAAAAAAUGUAUAGCAUAACUUUGCUCUAAGUCAGUUUUCAUUAGCAUUGUUUUAUUACUGAUAUAAAUUAAAUAACUUGAUGUAUCCUAUCUUCUUAAUUUCUCACCUACAAUUGUAGCACACCAUCCCAGUAUCAGCACUUUUAUAUAUUAUAUAAUAAUUAAAAUUGUCUUUAACAAAUAUUGUUGAGUAAAAAAAAUUAAAAAUUGAUAUUUGUAAGUUAAUAAUAUUGAUUUUUAUUAAUUUCAAAAAAAAAAAAAAAUAUAUAAAUAAAAUAUUAUGAAUGGAAUUUAAAAAUAAUAUAUAUAUCAUCUCCUAUUUUGAUUACAAUGUUUUUCUUGAGAAAAAUAAAUAAUGCUAUAAAAUCAUUUUUUUUUUCAGCUCCAAAAACAUUUAUUUUGUCUGAAAGUGUUAGUACAUUUACAACAGGUAAAAUUAAACUAGUAUACAUUAGUUUUGUAAUUUAUUUAUGAAAUUAUUAUAUUAUUCAAAAUUUAGAAACGUGUGUUCUUCGAGUUUUUUGUCUUCAAUUAGAACUUCUUAAAUAUGACAAUUAUCUUGUUACAAAUUAUUUAUAUUUUGCAAAUGUACUUUUAAAUUAUACACAUAUACCUAAAUGGAUGCACAAAAUACCAAAUAAAACAUGUGACUGUACUUCAUCUUUUGUGGAGUUAACUAUACACUUUUUAUACAUAGUUUUUAGUAUUUAUGAAAAAGGUAUAUUAUACUUAUUAAAAUAUUUAUUUUAUGAUUUAUAUAAAAUAAUAAUUUUUAGUUGUUUAUUUUGUUUGUAUGAUUUGUUAGAAAAGGAACUCAUUAACAUUGAUCUUUUAAAACUAAUGGAAGAAAUUAUUGGAAACAGUUAUUUAAUACUAUAUCGUUUAGGAAAAUUUGAUCAAGAUUUUCGUAAUCAUAUUAGUAAAUGUAAAGGACGUUACGAUAUAAUAGUUCAAAAAAUUCAGAAAACUGAUUAUGGCAGAACAAACAGUUAAGAAAUAAAAUAAUUUUUAUUUGUUAUAUUUAAUUUUAUAUUUUAAUAUUUAUUUAUGUUUAUAAAGAAUUUUUAGUAAAAGAAUUUAAAAAGUUUGAAUUCAAAUCAUUACCACAUAAUAGUCAAUACAGUUCUUCUGAAAAUUAUGAAGUAUUUUCAAUUGAUUUGCCCAAGUUAAUUGAUAACUCACAAUAUCAAUUUGAUGAAGAUAAUAAUCAAAUUAAUGUUAAAAUGUAUGAAACUAAUACAUAA